AUGCAAGAAUUUAUUGCCAUACUGGAGGCGCGCCAUCUGAGACAACUAAGACCCGACCAGAGACCACUAAGACCCGACCAGAGACCACUAAGACCCCGACCAGAGACCACUAAGACCCGACCAGAGACCACUAAGACCCGACCAGAGACCACUAAGACCCGACCAGAGACCACUAAGACCCGACCAGAGACCACUAAGACCCGACCAGAGACCACUAAGACCCGACCAGAGACCACUACGACCCGACCAGAGACCACUAAGACCCGACCUGAGACCACUAAGACCCGACCAGAGACCACUAAGACCCGACCAGAGACCACUAGGACCCGACCAGAGACCACUAAGACCCGACCAGAGACCACUAAGACCCGACCAGAGACCACUAAGACCCGACCAGAGACCACUAAGACCCGACCAGAGACCACUAAGACCCGACCAGAGACCACUAAGACCCGACCAGAGACCACUAAGACCCGACCAGAGACCACUAAGACCCGACCAGAGACCACUAAGACCCGACCAGAGACCACUAAGACCCGACCAGAGACCACUAAGAGACCCGACCAGAGACCACUAAGACCCGACCAGAGACCCACUAAGACCCGACCAGAGACCACUAAGACCCGACCAGAGACCCGACCCGAGCCCAGACCACUAAGACCCGACCUGAGACCACUAAGACCCGACCAGAGACCACUAAGACCCGACCAGAGACCACUAAGACCCGACCAGAGACCACUAAGACCCGACCAGAGACCACAAAGACCCCGACCAGAGACCACUAAGACCCGACCAGAGACCACUAAGACCCGACCAGAGACCACUAAGACCCGACCAGAGACCACUAAGACCCCGACCAGAGACCACUAA